AGCAGAUCUGGAAGAAAACAGAAGAAAAGAAACAAUACAGUACUAAUGUCAUCUCUGUGCUGCACACCUUAUAUCCUCUUCCAAUGUAAAACGUCUUCACUAUUUAAGAAAAGCCAGAAGUUCAAAGUUAAAAAACAACGCUAACAUUGCAAAGGGACCGGAUUUAAACCAGUUAACUCCAAGAGAGAGUAACUGCUGCUGAAGUAAAAAGGUGAGGGAGGUCCGAUGACGGCCAAAGGAAACCUCCCUGCCGCGGCGGGAUCCGUGGUUGUUCCUUACGGACACGUGGUUGGGAACGAGAAGUGGAGGGGAUCCGAGAUGGCCCGCAGGCUGCAAGGGAAAACUAAACUCGUCUUUGAAGAUGGCUUGGGACUCGUGGAUUUCCAUCUUUCCAACAGAAUCUGUGUUUUAUAUAUUUCUGAAGCAGAUUUGGUUGCAGGGGAUGAAUUCAAGCGGAGAUUGGUGCGGUUUAGGAAUGCCAGCAGCCUUGGUGGAAUUGUGAUUGUCGAAAAGACUCCAAUAAGUGAGCAGUACUUCUCAGCAGUGCAAAAGCUCGUUGUGCUGCAACUUGGAAUGGCGUUGGUUCCUGUGGCAAAUCAAGAAGAAGCGUCUCAACUUAUUACUCAACUUGUCCGUGAACAAAGUAAGGAUCACACCAGUAACCCCUUUCUGCGUAAACAGUGCUCACAGCUGGCUGAGGCGUCAGUGUUUCGGACAGUGCAACAAAUCCCAGGAGUUGGGAAAACGAAAGCUCUGCUUCUACUGCAACAGUUUGGAAGCAUCCAUCAGAUUUGUAACGCAUCUGUCAAAGAACUCGAGCUCGUAGUUGGACCAACAGUGGCACAACAAAUCCAUACAUUUUUGGGUUCCUGACUUGCAUAUUAUGCUGUUCUUGAAAAACUGCAUCUGUUUCUUGUGAAUUCUGAAGUUUUGUUCUCAACGAUAACUUACUAUGGUAAUUUCUGUAAUCUCAGCAACAACUAGAGGGUGCAGAGUAAUCACCUGGCUUGCUCUCCUCUUUAUAGCUGUUCUGGUCGUUUGGAUAUAAACUUGUACCAUCCUCCUUAGAACUGUGCUCUUUUGUGUAUUAGUUUCAGAUGAAGGUAAUGCUGUCAUACUGCCUUGGGAUUUAUGUAACUGUUACAUUACGUAACUGGUAAGAGAUCAAUUCACACUGCUGGUGUUAGUAUGUUUGUUCGUUUGUUUUUUAGGACCUUUUAAAUCAAACAUUUCUUGCACUGUACACUGCUGGGAAACACAGCUGAGUACAGUGAUUACUUCAUGUCACAAACAGCAAGGCAGUGCAGCACUUGGUAUCGGCUCCACAGUUUGCUUUAGCUGUUUAUUUCCACCUGUCUGUGUAUGACAGGGCUUCUCAAACAUCACGCUGUGUUUAGUGCUGCCUAAAUACAUCUUUGACUACACUAA